CUCUGCCUUUUCUAUUUUGGAAACCUCGACGGUGUCUCGCAGGACAGGUCCCUCUAAGAGCCACAGCAAAGGUACGCUGAGCAGAGCAGAAAGCAGGUGCCGCUGGGCAACUAGCGCAGGCCUGGAAACAUCUAUAGGAAGUAUUGGGCCCUCCCACACAGGCCUGCUUCUCAGAUGGCACCGCUGCCUAGCGCAGGCAGCGCACGAUACAGCCACCCGUGAAAUAAACACUACUGCAAAAUGGCUAUGCGCAUCCUCAGCCUGCGCCCAACCUAAGCCGAAUCGUAGGCGUGAGCCUGUGAAGAAACGGCCAGGGAGCGACGGGCGGGGAGAACACUUCGCAGCGCUUCCACAGCGCUGCGCUUCGCGCAGAUGCAGCACGCCCCCGCCGCGCGCUGCAGCGCAUAGUCGCAGGGCGCGAGUGGCGCGAGCCACGCGCCCAGGCAGUGCCACCCACCAGGCACAGGAGCGGGGCGAAAAACAGACAUCGAUUCCAAAACGCCCAGGGCACGCUCUGACCAGGACCCUGAGCAGAGUUCAGCCGCUACGCCGUUGCGAAGACGCUGCACGUCCUCCUCUUCAUCCUACGCAUCGCCCUCCUCGGUGUUUGUUGACAGUCCCGAACCCCACGAGGGGCCCCGAGGUCGACAAUGAAGACCAGCCUCCUGCCAUGCCCUUUUCCUCAGGGCUCAGCAAGAAGUCUGGAAAUGCGGAUGCUGCACUAUGCAGGGCUGCACCGCCCAGGCUGGAGCAAGGGCCCCAAAAGCACUGGCAGCAUCUUCCAUGCGAGUGCCGACACCGCUGCGACGCCGCUCGCGGAGGGCGGCCACCGCCCGGCGUGCGGGGGGGGGUCUCCCGGAGCGCCCUUGGCGCGGGUGUCGGCAAGGGCCGAUCAGAACGUCGAGCGCCCGAGCAGCCGACGAGGCCGCGGACACCAGCGACAGCUCGGGGGGAGGCACGGGAGGAGGAGGAGGAGGAGGAGGAGGAGGAGGAGGCUGGAACAUCAAAUGAGAGGAGGGCUGGAGGUGGGGAGAGGCCUCCGUUCAAGACACGGCCCGCGAAGUGGCGCAGGCAGCCUCCAGGCGCCAGGCUGCCCACCAAAGUUAGAGCGAAAAAGCCCAAGUGCCCCCCCCCCCCCGCUUCGGAAUCGGGGGGGGGCAAAGCGGGCAAAGCCACGCGCAUGGUCUUUCAGACUGUGUGCGUCUUCCAGGCCUGCGAGUGCCGCAAAACUCCUGGCGUGUCUUCAGACAGGGACACGCCGUGGGGUCGUCCGACCGGCCAGCGUGACACUGAUGGCGGGAAGCCGUGGCGUCCCUCAAAAAAGAUACACGCCGUGGGGUCGCCCGACCAGCUGGGAGGCAAAAAAAGACAGUACCGCAGCUCCUCGGACCUCCGCUGAGGUGCGCUCUGGCCAGAAUGUCGAGAUGAGAACCCCCGCCGUGGCAACGCAGGCUCUCCAGCACGAGCAGCGACAUCUGUACCUCGCCCUCCCCCG